UGAGAGUGAGAGAGAGAGAGAGAGCUGCUGGAGCGAUUCUGCACACAAGCGAAGAAAGAGAGACGGACAAAAACAAACUACGUGAGACACAAUGGCAUCUGAGGGCAAAGGUGAUUCAGAUGAUCUGAGGAUAGUUCUACUGGGAGUUUCUGGUGCUGGAAAGAGUUCAAUAGGAAAUGCAAUACUGGGUCGAGAGGCGUUUAAAGAAAGCAGAACCAGAGAGAGUGAGAUACAGACAGGAAGAAUAGAAGACAGAAACAUCUCCAUCAUUGACACUCCAGGAUUCUUCAACACUCACCUGACUGAUGAAGAGCUGCAGGAGCAGAUGAUGAAGAGUCUGGAUCUCUGUGAUCCUGGUUCUGAUGUGUUCCUGCUCGUCAUCAACCUGGAGACCUUUGAAGAAGACGAAAGGAACAUUGUUGAGAAAAUAGAGGAGAUCUUUAGUGUUCGAGCUUUAAAGAUCACCAUGGUGCUGUUCAUUGGAAGAGAACUAAUGUCAAAGAAAGAAUGGAAGAAUUUUAAAUUUGGUGAAAAAUUUGAGGACCUAGUCAGUAAAUGUAGAGCAUAUCAUGAGAUCAAUCGUAAUGAUGAGAGUAAUCAAAUUUGCAUCAAAAACCUUUUAAAUAAGAUUGAAGAACUCAUCAAACAGAAUGAUGAGCAGCACUUUAAGAGCAAAGUUGACUCAGUGUCUCAAAAAAGGAAAACAAAAGAAAAGAAAAAACAAGUAGAAAACAGCAGAAUAAAAGAGCAAGAGAAAGGGAGACAAGAACAAGCAAUGCUGGAGACUUUUGAAAUUAACAGUACAAUGGAAGAAGGAGCAACUCUGUUUGAACCUGAAGAGUUUCAACUAAGAAAGACAACAACCAACGUAUGUGAAGAUACAGUUCUACAAGGUAUGAUUUCAUUAUAUAGACUCUCACAUGAAAGAAUGGGAGAGGACAAUGAAGUCAAAACACAGGAAGACCACUGGAAAAUGAGGCAGAAGAAAGGACAGACAACAGAAGAAAAACAUCUAACUCAAGCAGAUGAGAACUUUAAAUUAAACAAUUUUACUUUAUUUACAAAUGUUGUGAAACCUUCCUAAAAAACUCUAAACACAAUAGUGAAUGGAGGAAGUCAAUAUUGGCAGUGUGUUUUGGGCUCAUUUGUGUUCUUCUGCUGGUCGUCACACUGCAGCAUAUCAUCUUCACAGCAGAGAGAGACUUUACUGAGUUUCUUCAAAGUCCCUUUCAAGGUAAGUAUGUUCACUCGGUGGCCAUAUUUGCAAGGCCGGUGGGCAGCUCUUAAUCUAAAUGAACAGGGGAAUCCAGAAAUCUCAAAAACAGCUGUCUGGAAUUGCAAUUAACCUACAUAUUUCAAAUCAGCAACAAAUUCUGAAUGAACUGUCCCAUUAAUGUUAUUUUUUAUGCUUAAAUAGCAUUUAAAAACUUAUUUUACAGGCUAGACCAGCCAUUGCGCAACAUACCACUCUACCCUCAGGUUUAUAUGGGAACCAGAGCUUCUAACAACCACGGCAGAGAUUCAGUGGGGCUCAUUCAUGAAACAUGAGAAGAAUGAAUUUUUGUGUAAAUCGUUGUAAAGCCGUUUUGACGGAAACUUCCAAAUUCAUGAAAAUGCUCGUAUUUUUAAAAUGUUAGUUGGUAUGAAAGAAAUAUCUGCCUGCUCCCUGCCACGUGUAAAUGGUACGUAUAACGUUCUUUUUGGCAAACUGAUGACACAAAAUUUUGAUGCACUGGCAUAAUAAUUACAAGUUCAGUUGCCCUUACCCUCUUUUUGAUAACUGUAAAACAAUGUGGCGGAACAGCAAUGAGUGUGCACAAGUGCCCUGUUUACGAAUGAUUGGAAUUCAUUAACAUACAAGUUUAACUAUCAAAUUGGACAUUUAUGAAGCGUUUGUGAAUCUGGAGGAGAAUUUUUGGGAAGGUCUGUUUUAUGCGCAGAUACCUCAGAAUUUACUCAUUUUUCCAUUGAUGUAUGGUAUGUAAGAAUAGGAUAAUAUUUGGCCAAGAUACAACUAUUUGAAAAUCUGGAAUCUGAGGGUGCAAAAAAAUCUAAAUAUUGAGAAAAUCACCUUUAAAUUUGUCCAAAGGAAGUUCUUAACAAUGCAUAUUAUUAAUCAAAUUUUUAUAUAUUUACUGUAGGAAAUUUACAAAAUAUCUUCAUGGAACAUGAUCUUUAUUUAAUAUCCUAAUGAUUUUUGGCAUAAAAUAAAAAUCAAUAAUUUUGACCCACACAAUGUAGUUUUUGCUAUUGCUACAAAUAUACCCCAGCGACUUAAGACUGGUUUUGCGGUCCAGGGUCACAUAUAGUUGCGCAGGUUUCAUGAAUGAGGCCCAAUGACUUUACCAAUUAGUGACUGGCUUUUUCAUUUAGAAGGUGCGACUAUUACGGCAUAUUGCGUGUUGUAGUUUCUCCCAAUCAUAAGUAUGAGAGAGAACCAUCUUUGUAUUUCUAUAAUAUUUGGGCAAUAUUUGGGCAUUUAACGUGUUUUAAAAUGUAAAAACACGUUAAAUGACCACUACAUACAGUAGAUGGUACAGAAGAGCAUUUUUUUGCAUGCAUUAGCCAUUUGCACUCCCUAAAAUAGUUUUUA